GUGCGAUCGCGAUUAUGAGGAAAAUGCUGAUGAAGAUGAUAAGGGUCUUCAUGGAUCCGCUGCGGCCUGGGAAGGCGACGCUGUUUACGCUUCUGCAGAAUGUCGCGUCUGUGUGGCUCUACCUCCAGCGGUAGCCUCCAAUACGUCUGACGCAACUAGUGCAAAACCAAACGGGAAGGGAGACAUAGUCGCGCCACCUAGUUCUAGUAGAGUUUCUCUUCUUGCCACUGUCGAGGACCGAGCUCGAGAUCGAGACCCAGUGGAAGACAGAAGACCCUAUUGUAAGAAUGAAGAUGCUGCUCCCCCUGAAAAAACCACUGGCAAGAGAAGCGAGGAUGAACGAGGGCAGGCGACAUGCGCACGCAGUCAUUUAGAUUGCGAAAUACCUGGUCCGCAAGCGAAUAAUAGUAAGCGUCGCCGUAUAGCUGGAGUCAAGUACUUCAACAUGAAGGCUGACGCGAAUAGUGCAUCCAAUUCUGGUCUCAGAAUAAUUACAACUUCGCUGAGACAGCAAAGAGCUUUAAAAGUUCUUGCUGCAGCAUCAGUUCCUGUCUCUACACAGGGAGCGGCAAACUCAGAUAGGACGGUCGCGUCUUCAUCUAACCGAAUGCUUGCGCGGGAGCAAUCUUCUUCGCGUCUCAGGCUGAGCAUGCCUUCACUUGAUAUAGUGUUUCCGCGCAUGCCGGUGCUGGCGCAGCAUGCCUCUGAAGUUUCGAGUAACGAUUGCGUGCUCGGUGCUGGCCAGCCACAACCUGCUGUCGCGACCGCUGGAACAGAAGUAGCUGCAGCUGCACAUGCCAACGCAGCUGGCGACGAUCAUCAUGCCAUUGCUUCACGGCAUUUGCAAGAGAGAUCCGGGACGCGCAUUUUGUGUGCAGGUGCGGGAUCGGGGUCGGGGAUACUUGAUGGUGAGCAUCCAAAGCGCAACCUGAACCAAGACCAGAAAGCUCCAGUGAAAGACAAAAGCAUCUUACUUCCACAGCUUCCUCAACUAUGUUGUCUUCAGUCUAAUACCAGUCAGAACAAGCCGGAACUGGAUGCUGCUCCAUCAAGAUCGCCCUCUUGCUCACCCUUCAUGAAAGUUGAUGUGGCGGAAAGUAGUAGUAGUAGUGUCAAUGCCGACUGGUUUCCUCCUACAGGUGCAGCGCAUGAAAGUGAACCAAAGACAGAGAAGCGCGAGUCUACUUCUCUAUCACACCUACAGGAGGAUGAGACAUUAGGACGAACAGAUGCGAAGGUCUUCGAUUCCGAUAGCAGUGCUCAUGUUAUUACAAGCGUCGCUGCCGGCAGUGGUGAAGAACAGGAAUCGCUUUUAGCUGGAGCUUCUGCGUCUCCUGGUCUUGUCGUUUUCACUUCUCGCACUACUGCACAGAAUCAGAUAGAUGGAGGUAGCGCCGAACCUCCUUCACCAUGUGCAAUCCGUAGUCGCCUGCAGGAUCUAUUUCCUGACCAUGAUCACUUGGGCGACGAGGCGAAUCGCAACAAGAAGAAGUCUCGCGCACCCAAGUGGAGUGCAGCACGUACACGAAAGGAAAUCAACGCAGUGCAGCCUUGCGUCAGUUACAUCUUCGAAGUAUCGCAGGACCGUCUCUGUCACGAUGCGCUUGUCGCUCUCGAUGUUCCAUCGCGACAACUUGUUGCUCGCUUAAAAGACAUCAAAAAGAGAGGCACAUCAGCACGGCUCGCGCAAUUGAUUCAAGACGCUGAGCAUGCGAGGCAGCGCGUAAACACAGCGCUGCGCCGGGCGGUUGCGAGAACAAGCUUCGACUAG